GCGGCACGGGUAAAUCUACCUUGGCCUGUCUAAUAGUAGAAUAUUUGAAUUAUAAAAAUAAAAAAGUCCAAUUAAUAGAUACCGACCCCAUCCAAACUAGCCAAACCUGGGCUAAUAAUUGCCAAGAGGAAGAAGGAUUAGAACAAUUAAAAAAAAUAAUCCAAGAGGAAGGCCAAGGGAAAAUUACUAAUCCCCUCACUAACCGACCGGCCUUAUAUGGAACUUUGCUAAAUGGCAAGAAAAUAAAAAAUAGUUUAACUAGUCAGCAUUUAGCAGGCAAUUAUGAAUAUCCUAAUCUAAGUGCUUUUAUCCGGGCUGCUUUUGGGUCUUAUCAGAAAGGGAUGCCUUUAACUUAUCAGCGACAACCUAAUAAUCCUAAAAAAGAAAUUUGCGUCCGAUUAGGCGGAGAAUUAUUAACUUUUUAUCAACGAUUAGCCCCUAGCAGCAAAAAUUUGAUUUUAGAAAGAGCUUUAGGGUCUUAUUAUCAAAAGUUAAGUUAG